AACUAAUGCAACUCAACUCGCCUCAAGAUAGAGCCGCCCUAAGGCGGGAACCUAUGUCCUGCAUCUACGAGGGUAACUAUGGUAUCUGGCUGUGCACUUUGGGAAAAGGAAGCGCGGAACUAAUUGUGUUCAUUCCCAUUUCCUUCUAUAUUGUCGGGUUUCCCCAAGCGCAGGCGGCAGCCGCUAUAUAUUGAAGUCAGUCGGAAUAUGGCACAGAAGGAGCGACACACCUGCCUUAACGGUUGUAUACAGCAAAACGUGAAAAGUUUCCUUGACUUGUUCAAGAGGAUGAGGGUCUUGCCACGGUUGAUAUUGUCGGUUAUAUAUCUAUACUUCAUGACUUUUCCUGGAUUCUCAGAAGCUCGCAAUAAAGAGCACAGGUGUUUCAAUAAAGAUGUCGCCUUGACGAAGCUCACCAAGCGUCUGUUGAAGAAAACUCACCUGCAUCCUUUGUGCAAUGUGGCAGAGCAAGUUCUGAGUCCGAACGAAUCGCGACCAAAGCCUGAAUGUUCCAACGAUUCUUCAGGGAAAGACAACGAACGUUCGGUCUCCCCCUGGUGGUUCCGUAAUAACCAUGAUGAGGAAAGGUACCCUGUCAACAUUUCUGUAGCCGAAUGCCUCUGUGAAGGAUGUAUCAUUAACGGAAUAGAGAACAGGUCGUACAACUCUAUGCCGGUGUAUACCAGUAUGCGGGUCUUGAAAAAGGUCGUAUGUCCACACAACGAGACAAUGUACACAUUCGGAGUCUGCACUGUGACCGUGCCUAUUGCAUGCACUUGCGUUAUACCAAAGAGUUUCCCUAACCUCUCUUAGAUGUUUCUAUACUGAAAUAACUUGUAGAGACUUUUCUCACAUUAUGUUGUGUUUGUUUUAAAAUGCACCAACGUUAUUUUAAUAUAUAACACUGUUUUGCUUAUACAAUAAGCGAACGAAAAACGUAAAACGUGGUUUUACAUGUGAUGAAAUGAUGGCGUAAUUGCCUAACGUGGUGUAACGUUGUCAGCGUACGUACCUACUGAGUAUAUAUAUUGCAUGCAAGUUGUAUACGGCAAAUAUACUGAGUAGUAGGCAAGGGUGCUGAUUCUGACAUGGCCGAAAUGAUUUUAAUUGUGACAAUUUUAUUAUUUAUUGACUUGGACGUAAUAUCUUA